AUCGCACGAGAAAUCGUAUCUCGGAGCGGGAGAUCGCGAAUCUAGGAAUUGGUCCCCAAUAAAACAUUCAGCUCGCUCAACCAAAAUUGAUAGAUAUAGGUAGCAGAGAGCAGAUUGCCCAGCCCUAGAUAGCUCCAGAAUGUUGAUCAAGUUACCCUCGGACAAGUGCUUAGCUAAUUUCAGGUGGUGAAAAUCAAACCGUUGUUUAAUUUGUCUAGCCGAGCAACCCAACUCCCACGUUCCAAAUCUCAUCCCACCGAGUUCCCAUGGAGAGUGUGCAAAACGAAACAGGCUCCUUAGCACUUCAAAAGAGCAAUCUCAUUCGCGAUGAUUCUGUCCAAGAGCAGAUUGCAGGUGCGUACCUAGGAACUUUGGCAGUUAACAUCCAACACCUCAACGCCGACUGGGGCUCGAUCUCGACCGCCAACCGCCCUCUGCGGUCGAAUCAAGCCAAGGCUCUGGCGGACCAAUUUCUCAACGCGCGUCUUCAGAAGGAACCCCUCGAGAAUCGGAUCAUUGGUGGCUGCGAUUUAACGGCCUGGAAUGAGCUGUUGAACCGGGCACAGUUGGAUAAGCCAGCUGAACGGGAAGCAAUGAAAAAUGCCAGACAUCGAUAUCAUCCAACCUUGGCCAUGUUUCCCUCUGUGCCCGACAUCCGGGAUUUGAGCCUACUGCUAUUCGCUGGCCAACAUCGUCAAGCCGCCAUUCGUCAUGUCCUCUGCGUACAUUCAGAUAAUUUUACUGGAGACGAGAAAGACGCAUUUGUCACGAUUCCGAUGUGGCCCUGCGACUUCUACGACGUGGGACGCCUCGACCACUCUGCAAUGCUACGACUACAGGAGAACCGGCGUCCGAUGAUACUCCCUGAAAGCGAUGGCGACCUCUGGGCAAGAUUGUCUGCUCUCUUAGAACCAAUGUCGGAUGGCGAACGAGAUAGCAUCAUGAAAUCGAAAACGUCUUUCCAAACGUGGGCAUCACAGGUGUCGCGCAUCGAUGGCAAGGAUGCACAGCGAUUCAUCACCUUACUUCGGCAUCCUUUGAAGGACCUUCUGGAUCGGAUCUGUGCGACACCGUGGGGCCGGGAGACCGCUAAGAUUUCUGCCUUUGAUCGUAUGGCUCGGACGCGCUUGGAUCAGGUGUGGCGAAAGCUGUUCCACAAAACCUUUGAAGGCAUGAGGGACCUCCUGGGAAACGAGCACAGCGCGAAAUACACUCGACAGGAUGUGGAGAUCGUGCGUCGGAUCGCGGAACAAGAUUAUGUGACGGAGCUAUACGUGGCAAGGCUGUUCUAUCCGACGGAGCGAGAGGUGCGAUCGAAAUCAGACCUUGUAAAACUGGAUGAUGCUGUCCGGCUCGCAGGGAAUGACCAUCUCUACCGUCGCUACCAGCUCUUCUCGUAUCUGUCGGAGCAGGAGUAUCAUACGCUGUUCAUGACUGUUCUGAAGAGAACUCCAGAGGUCCACACCUUCUCCGAGCUGGCCGCGUUGGCCAACGGGGAGAUGACCAUCGCCAGCCAUGUCAUCGAGCACAUUGUUCACUGGCUCAAUCCGACGUACACAAAGCCCGCCAACGCGAGCAAAGAGCGGCGAAAUGAACAAUGGGUGGACGUGCUAACGCGGGAGCUGGAACCGGGCACGCCUCCGGCCGAGGGCCAGGAGGACACUGGGGGCCACCGAGCUCGCGGUUUAGUCGAUCAUCUGAUCGAGAUGAUCACUGGGGAACGUCGUGUAGGAUGGCAAGAGAAGGCUCUCGCCUCGACCUACACUCCGCCACCAUCCGAAUGGACAGAGAUGAAGCCUCGAGAAGCCGCUAUCGCCAAAUACCAGAAGCGCUUCGAGCACGAAACAUGGUGUGACGUACUGCAGUUGGUGAAAGACAACGUACCGUCCGCACACCUGCGGUCAUUUCUCCUAGAUGGUCUCAUCGAGCAGGAUCCCAAAUCGAAGCCGUGGACGAGCUGGGCUACCAAGACCCGCGCCGUGAUGUGGAGGUCACUCCAAGACUCCAAUGCCAUGCAUCUAGUGUCUCCGCGGGUGGAGCGAAAGAUCAUGGAGCACGAAAGUGCUAUAUUCUGCACCAGGCUCAUGUACAGUGCUAUCAAGAGACGACUGCAGCGGCAGAGCGAGCGGGAUCUAGAGCCACCGUCAAGAAGAACCCGUGCACGCGAGGAGAGAAUGACAAUGGACGAGGUGAACAAUGCCCGUCAUACUCUCCGCCAGUAUGCUGAAUUCCUCCAAUCGAAAGGCUAUAAUCUCAACGCCGACGAUGACCAAGAGGACGUGUCCUGGCUGAGUUUGGAACUUUGUGAGAGUGACAGGGCAGACGCUGGAGCCUCGCGGAAGCGUCGAAGAUUGCCAGCACCAACAAUUCCCCACGAUCAGAGCCAGCACCCUGAAGGGAGCACUCCCGCGCAGACGAGCAUCGCCGACCAGCCGAUACACGAUGAAGCCUCCAGGAUGUGACUCGCCAUGAAUAGAUUGUGGUCUCGUAGACGCACGUGACAAAACGGUCAUGAGAUCACGUGACUCCUCGCUGCCCUGAUCCUUUUCGCCGUCUUUUCGUCCUCGUGGGCCAGACAGCAAGCGUACUUCAAGGAUCAAUGAAUGUUUGAGCAAGCGCGUUUGCAUCCGCAUGCAGCAUUCUGCUAAGUUUGUA